AUGGGACAAACAUGCUGUGGGAUAUCUAAACACUUGGCAUAUAUGUCAGAGCAAAUGAAUAAACAAGCUAAGGAAAUAUCACGGCAAAUAGCAGAUAGUGUUCAAAGAGCCUGCAAUGCUUAUAAUAUGGCUACAAAUAACACUCUUGACAUAGACAAGACUGAAACGUGUGUUUCUGAAAUAAAGAUUGAACUGGCAGAUUUACUGGAUUGUAGCAAGAGAAAUAAUGUAUGGAUUAAAGAAGUGGCAGAGAAAAGCCGAAUAAAUAAUUUGACUACUUAUCUCAUUUCUAAAAUUAAUGACCUGAGCUCUAAUAUGAAGUUGAUGGAUAAAGAUAUUGAACAAGCUCACUGGGUUUACUUUCCUAGUAACUGUACCUCUCCAGUACCACCACCCCACUCAACACUAAAGGAAGAUCCCCCCCAAAAAAGUUAUCCAGUUGGGACGAACCUGACAUACCAUUGCAUCACAGGUUAUGAAUACAUACCUGAAAUUAACCCUUCAGUUACAUGCCUGAACACUUCAAAAUGGUCUGAAAUUUCAGAAUUGUGUCAGGGGAAAAAAUGUCCUGCUCCAAUUAUAGAGAAUGGCAAGGUAGAUGCUGAGGAUGACAUCCGCCUUGGUGGCAGUGUCACUUUCUCCUGUGUACCUGGGUUUAGGCUUAUUGGUGAAGCUACACGUAAGUGUAUUCUGAAAGACGGCAAGGUUGACUGGAAUAGCGCAUUGCCACAUUGUGAACACAUCCCUUGUAAGCGUCCUGACAAUAUUCUCAAUGGACAAUAUGACCCUAACCCUAAAGACGAAUAUUACAUUGGAUCAGUAGUAAUCUAUAGCUGCAAGCGUGAUUUCUCCCUGAUUGGAAAUUCAACGAUCACAUGCGUAACUGCAGAAGAUGGCCUAAAUGGAAGGUGGAAUUUCCCUGCCCCUGAAUGUAAACAGGUCAAAUGUGAUCGACCAAAAGUGGAAAAUGGGAAAAUAACUGAUUUAUUUAAGCCUUCAUAUACCUAUAAUGAGGCCAUCGGCUUUGAAUGCAAUUCUGGCUAUUCUGCUGUGGGAAGCCUCCAUAUUAAAUGUGGGGCUAACAGUUCGUGGGUUCCUGCCAGCCCCAAAUGUGUCAAAGUUUCAGAAUGGGAUACAACACAAGCACCAUGCCAGGAAAUACAAAAGUUCAAAUCUAUCAAGUUUCUGCAAACAUGGUCUCCUCAACACACACAAACAUACACACAUACACACACAAAUACAAAUGGUUUGUGGCUUUAUAAAUCAUCCCACACUUUCAUUAUAAAUCUCCUUUUAUUACUCCUGCUUGAAGAACCUUCUUAUCAAUUUCCAGAUAACUGCACCUCUCCCAUACUGCCACCUCAUUCAACCCUUAAGGAAGACAUCCCAAAAGAAGGCUAUCCAGUUGGGACUAACCUGACAUACCACUGCAACACAGGUUAUGAAUAUAUACCUGGAAUUAACCCUUCAAUUACAUGUCUGAACACUUCAAAAUGGACUGAAAUUUCAGAAUUGUGUCAGGGGGAAAAAUGUCCCGCUCCAAUUAUAGAGAAUGGCAAGGUAGAUGCUGAGGAUGACGCCCGCCUUGGUGGUAGUGUCACUUUCUCCUGUGUACCUGGGUUUAGGAUUAUUGGUGAAGCUACACGUAAGUGUAUUCUGAAAGACGGCAAGGUUGACUGGAAUAGCGCAUUGCCACAUUGCGAACAGGUCAAAUGUGAUCAACCAGAAGUGGAAAAUGGGAAAAUAACUAAUUUACCUAAGCCUUCAUAUACCUAUAAUGAGGCUAUCAGCAUUGAAUGCAAUUCUGGCUACUCUGCUGUGGGAAGCCUCCAUAUUAAAUGUGGGGCUAACAGUAGGUGGGUUCCUGCCACCCCCAAAUGUGUCAAAGUUACACUCCCCCCUACUCAAUCAAGUACAGUUAACGAAAUAUAA